UUCAAUUAAAAAUUUUGCUACAGAAGGAUAAACGAAAGCAUAGUAGUAAUAAUUCAUUCAUCAAUAGACAAAAAGUACAUGAUUUUAUAGAAAAAUGAUUAUAUAAGUAUUGUUGUAAAUAAGUCUAUUGAAAGGGUAUCACCACAAAGCAAAAUAGCUUAAAUGAAAGUGGUGACCACCUAAGAAACAAGACAUCACAAAAAGGACAAAAUACAAGACAGGACUGGGACUAAUACAAAACACAAAGAGUUAAAAAAUAAUUACUAUUGCGAUGAGUAUUCCACAUUCUGUAUUGGCUGGUGGUUGGAUACCUUUUGUUGUUGUGGUGGUGUUAACCUUCUUGUUCGCCUGGGUUUAUAUUCGUUUAUUUCAACAUCAUGAGCUGUCAGAAGUUUCAUCAACGUUGACAUCAGUGUUUGCACUUUUUGUAACAUUGCUGACAUCAGCACUGGUUCCAGUGGAUGUAUUUCUAGUUUCGUUCAUGAAAGACACGAAUGGUGCUUUUAAGAAUUGGGCUGUUGAUAAUUCCAGUAGAACGUCCAUUGAAAACACUGUGACAUAUACAUAUUACACAUUGUAUGGAUUGGUUUCGGUUUUCAUAUUUUUGUUACUACCAUUUAUGUAUUUUUAUUAUGAAGAAAAAGAUGACGAUGAUGUCAACACUAAGCAGAGGUGUUGUUCUGCUUUGAAGUUUACAGCAGUGUUUAUGCUACUUGCUGCUGUCAUAUUGACCACAGGAGCCUUGGUUCCACUUAAGAAACCAUACAAUGUGACAAGCAUUGAUGGCAAAUUUGAGUUUUUAAAGGAACAGCUCGAAACUUACUCAAAUGCGGAGAAAGCUAUGUCUGUUCUGGUCGGUGUUUUAUCUAUGUUUGGUAUGUUAUCACUCAUUAUGUAUACGGGAUAUGGCAUGUCUGCUUUACCCUUAGGAAUGAUUCGAUGUGGGAAAAGGUACAAAGAAAGUAAUGAAACUGAAAAUACAAGAAAGUUGACAAAAAGAGAACGCGAUGACGAAAAAGCAAGAAUGUUACGGGCUAAGAGUAGGGCUGGUCGUAACCUAACUCGCUUUGAGCGAAACGAAUUACGACGUAUCGAACAAGAUGAAAAUUUACGCCAUCGUCUUGAGAGAAAAAAGAUAAAAGGCGAAAGCAGUUGUUGUGGAAAGAUUUUGUUGAUGUUGAAACCGUUUCAAGUUGUGUUUGGAAUUGUGUUCUUGUCGAUAUCUCUACUUAUCAUGAUAUCUCUGACUAUUACAAGCAUUGACAAAGCAAUGAAUUCUCUUGGUGCAAGACAUGGGUACGCUCUCCCACAACCAAAGUUGCCAAACCCAGUGAAUAUUAUAAUGGUGCAUGCGCAGAAGGUGUUUCCAUUGGAUUACAUUCUAUUCACUGGUAUGACUUUAUUCUUCAUCUUUGCAUCAAUGAACGGUAUAAAACGAAUUGGCAUUUGGUGUUGUUGCAUAAAAAUGUUUAAGAUACGCACGAGACGUACCAUGCCACAAGCACUUCUCUUCAUGGUUUUUAUCAUGAUGUUCAUGGUGCUUGCGCUUAAUAUCGUUCUCUUUACAAUCACACCUCAGUACGUUCAAUAUGGUAACCAGAAGUACGCAUUUAAAAAUGGUACCCAAGUAGUGGAAGUAAAAAGUUGUACUACGAAUGCGCCUUCAGGCGACUGCGUGAUGAGUAGUGUGGCAACUAUUUUGAAUACGCUCUUUUACAAAGCAUGGUUCUUCGGAGCGUUUUAUUAUUGGUCUAUUUGGGCAUUUAUUGCGACGUAUAUGAUCGCCUUCAUCUAUAACUUGUACAACAUAUGUCGCACACGGCGCGAAGAGGAAAUGUUGAGCAGUGACGACGAUUCUGAUAGCGAAACAGAAAGAUUGGUGAACGCCUAAUCUUCCGUUUCACUCAAUAAGCGUCCUAGCAGACUGCACAGAUAAAUAUUUACGAAAUGAUGGUUUAAAUUUUUUAAAAUAGUUUACUGUUGUAGAUAGCGUAAUUUUGUUGUGUUAUUAGAAACGAAAUAUAAAACAAUCGUUUAAUAAGUGGGCAGCUGUGAACAUAUUUUUUUAAAAAACAGAUAAAUUGAGUGCAUAAUGAAACAGAUUUUAUAUUUCCAUUUUUAUUGAAUAUCAGAUAUCUUCAGACAAUAAUCUGCUGGGCUGUGCCUCUUAAAAUAUUGCUUUACCUUGGGUGAAUAGUCUUGAUACUCAACGAAAGGGCACGUAAUAUCUGCUUCUUGUUUAAAAAAUUUCGUAGGAAUUCUUUCUCUCUUAGGAUUGCUAAUGACAAACGAAUUUGUAUAUAACGUAAAAUAUAUGUGCAUAAAUUAUGAGUUCAUAAUGGCUGCUUGUAGCUAAAACAUCGUUUGACAAAUAAAAAAAAAUAGAUUCAGACAGUCCUGUUUUUCGAAACGUUUUCGCUUUUGCAUAUUUUUUUUCUCCAUAGUAUGGUAGAGGUAAAAUUCGAACUAAAAUGCACAUCAUAUACAAGGGCAUUUUGGAAUAGCCGGUCGGCUUCCCUGAAAUUGAACAGCCGACUUAUUACCACACUUGGAACCUACGAUCAAAUUUACUUGCAAUUUUCAGGGCUUUUUUUUGUUGCUAAAAUGGCUUUUUUUCCUAUACUAUCCACCCCAGGAUCAAUUCUUAAGAUUUUUAAGAAUUUUCUGAGCGACUCGCUUUGUAGGAUCAUAGGUGCCCGCUACAGAGAGGUCCAACUAUUAAUUUUGAAUCUUUCUAAUAUUUUGUUUUUUUAGAAUUUAAGUUCUUCAUGUUAAAAUUAUUGUACAUAUUUUAGUGUCAUUUGUAUCAUUAAUAUAAAGCGACUCAUUAUGA